AUGAUUCUCAGUGGACUCGAGGUGGUCACCCGCCAAUUAGUGCGUAACCUACGACAUGUCACCCAGCAGCAACAGCCCUGCGGUGUCGACCUUACUCUCCGUCAAGUUUGCGAAUGGACCUCAGCGGCUCGCAUAGACUUCGAUAAUACUCAGCGUCAGGCGGCCAAGACGUCUAUCCUGCCUUUCGACAGCAUUAGCCACGCAAUCACAUUACAGCCAGGCGCCUACUUGGUUGAUUUCAACGAAACCGUUCAAAUCCCCCGGAAUUGCAUGGGAAGCGUUUUCCCUAGAUCAUCGCUGUGGCGGUCCGGCGUCGGGAUUGUUGCGGGUGUGGUCGAUGCUGGAUACGAAGGGGCUAUGGGAGCUCUUCUAGAAGUGAAAAACCCCCAUGGAGUCGUUCUUUACCAAAACGCCAAGCUCGCACAGAUUGUAUUCCAGGAAUUGGGGGAAGCGGUCGAGGGAUAUAACGGUAUCUAUCAAUCCUCAAGAAGUUCUGUUGGGCGCGAUGGGACAGGAAGGAUGUAA